UCCACCCUCACCCCUACCCUUAAGGCAAGACUAAAAAUUAAUAAUGGCUGGUUGCAGCCAUACAGACUAAAUUUAGGAGUCAUUCCUGCAUAUGGCAGGAUGGCUUCAGAUUUAAUAUAUGAAUGGUUGCAGUCAGGGGCGGACUGACCAUUCGGGCACUAGGGCACUGCCCGAGGGCCCAGGGUCAGUAGGGGGCCCCAUGAGAUGCCCCUAGUACCUUUCAUAGGCUUUUUUGGGUUUGGGUUGAGGACACAGGGGCCCCAUGAUCCCCUAUUGCCUGUGGGCCCCAU